CAUCGAUCGAACGAACAAACGAACAAGCAAACAAACAAACCCUCGCUCCAAAAACAUGACCAACACUCCGAUGGUUCGUCCGGUGGCCCGGCACCGGUGGUGGGCCUGUCUGGUGGUCGGUCUCUUUUCCUCCCGCGCCGACGGCAUGGUGCUUCCGCCGCAGCAACUGCCGGAGCAGCCUCCCCUCUCGGUGCCGGCCCCGGCGACGCUGCGAAGCAACCUCCGGGAUUCCCUCGUUCCCCGUCCCCGGUGGACCGGGGCGAUCCUCCUGUCGCUGCUGGCGGAGGAGGAGCAAGGCCUCGCCGCGGUUGCCGGCACGGACGGCCCCGGAUCGCCGUCUUCUUCCACGGAAAAGACCCGAAAGACGGCCCAGAAGCUGGUCCUUUCCUCGCCCAUUGCCCCCUCGCGGCAUUCCAGGCUGGUACUCUCCUCGCCCAUAACCUCGAGCACGUUGGUGGCCGCGAGCAGCAGCGGAGCCACGAGCCGCCUCCCCACCGGAGAGCAGCAGCAGCAGCAGCAACAACAACAACAGAAACCGCGGGCACCGGACCGCGACCGGGUGGAGCGGAUCCUGGACGCCAACACAGUCCAGCUGAAAAAGGGGGGGACGGUCCGCCUCGCCGGCGUCCGCAUGCCCAGCGCGGGCUCGGGAAGCACGGCCGGGGGUGGCUUUUCCCUCCCGGCCUGUUUUGGGUACAGCCCGUCCUACAAGGUCCGGCAGCUCCUGCCCAAGACGACGCCGGUGGAGGUCCACACCCUGGCCGGGAGCGGCAGCGGGAGCAACAAGAUCCCCCAGGUCGUCCUGGUCCGGACCGAGGACUCCCUCGUCGUCAACGAGGAGCUGGUCAAAACGGGCUUUGCGGUGGUGAAACCCGGCUUUGCCAACCAGCAGCGGGAAUCGGCCGGGUCGCUGAUCGACGCCGAGUCCCUCCUCGCCCUGCAGGACGAGGCCAGGACGAGGGGCCUGGGGAUCUUUGCGGCGUGCGACCCGGGAGGGGAAGCCCCCGGCUCGGAGUCGUCCGGUGGCGGCUUUGUCGCCGAGUUCGAGCCCCUCGAGCGCACCACCGAAACCGUCUACGGCGACGACGGGGGAAGACUCCGGAUCCGGGACGACAGCGGGAAGCCCCUUGGCCAACCCCGCAACCCGGGGGACGUCCGGGGCUGCUCGGACUUUGACACCUACGAGGCGGCCCUGCGGUGGUACGAAACCUACGAACCCUACUACGGGGACGUGGCCCGGCUCGACCGGGACCACGACGGGGUUCCCUGCCCCGGCCUCCCCCACACGGAGAACCGGCAGCAGUACCGGAUGAAGGUUCCGACCAAGAGCGUGGGGAUCCGGGAACCGGCCGCGAUGCGGGAACCGUGACGGCGGUAUGGGCGACGGAACGGAGGACGGCAGCACGCGUUGCCGAGGAUACGCUCUGUUCUUGCCGGGAUUCGACAAAGCGUCCUACAAAAGCCACAAA